GAUGCACACACACACACACAGGCACACGCAUGCACUCACACAUGCACGCACUAAUCAGACCUCACACGCGCAGAGGAGGGAGCCAACCUAACUGUGGUCAGCACCACUAAUGGGACAUCCCUCACUUUGCAGUGUUUAGCAGUCCCGGGCAGCGCGGAGCGGUCGGACACCUUCCUCGGUGCUUGAGGUCAGAGUGAGCGGUGUGCGGCGCAACAGAUGCCGCGCAGAGAAAUAAGCCUUUAAUACCCCAGGACUCGGGAGAGGGUAACAUCACUCAACACACAAUAAGGACUUAAAGUGAAACCCCUCACGCAACUCGUCUCCGGCGGUGUUCUGUGCGUCUCGGCUGCUCGGGACGUCUCUCACCUUUACGCACGAAACUGCGCGUAAAGAAAGGCGGGCUUGGUGACAUUUUAUCCUCGGCCACAUUCACCUGUCCCAGAGGUAGAUCCAGGCUCAUGGCACACUCGUCCAUGGAACACUUCAUGGAGCCAGGUGAACGGUAAUUUGUGGGUGGAAUAACACGCGCGGACUGCUUUACUCAUCAUGCCACCCAAGAAAAAGGGAGAGCGUCACGAUUUGGACUUCGUCGAGGAGAGAAAUGCUCAGGUGCAGCUGGAGAAGGCCAAGUACAAGCCUGUUGCAUUCGCCGUUCGCUGCAACUUCUCUUACACUCCAGCAGACGACGACAACGUCCCCGUACCGGGCCAGGCCGUCACCUUCGAGUCCAGAGACUUCCUGCACGUCAAAGAGAAGUUUAACAAUGAAUGGUGGAUCGGACGGCCGGUGAAGGAGGAUGGUGUGGUGGGCUUCGUCCCCAGUCCAGUCAACCUGGAAACCAUCCUCAUCAGAAGAGAAGUGCAGGCGAGGAAGGCUGCCAAGGCCUUAGCCAAUAAAGCAGCUGCUCAACCCGCUCAAGAUAUGAACUCAAAGAAAUACACUCCUCCCUCACAAGCCAAUCAGCAAGUGAAAAAGAAACCGGGGGAGCAGGUGGCUAUGUAUGAUGUAGUGCCUACAAUGCGUCCUGUGGUUCUAAUGGGACCAUCACUGAAGGGCUUAGAGGUUACAGAUAUGAUGCAAAAAGCUCUAUUUGACUUUUUAAAACAUCGAUUUGAAGGCAGAAUCAGUAUCACACGAGUCACAGCAGACAUCUCUCUGGCUAAACGCUCCAUCCUCAACAACCCCGGCAAAAAGGCCUUAAUGGACCGGUCCAACACCCGCUCCCAUUUAGAUGCUGCCGCUCAGAUCCAGGGCGAGGUGGAGCGUAUCUUUGAGCUGGCACGCAGCCUGCAGCUGGUGAUUCUGGAUGCAGACACAGUCAAUCACCCUCUCCAGGUGGCUAAGACCUCCCUGGCUCCAAUCCUCGUCUACGUCAAGAUCUCCUCACCGAAAGUGUUGACCAGACUGAUCAAGACGAGAGGGAAGUCUCAGACCAAACAUCUUAACGUUCAGAUGGUGGCAGCAGACAAGCUCGCCCAGUGUCCGCCUGAAAUGUUUGACGUCAUCUUAGAUGAAAACCAGCUAACAGACGCCUGUGAGCACAUUGCUGAUUAUCUGGAGUCUUACUGGAGAGCCACUCAUCCACCAGAAAUGGAGGCUGCCAACUCACUGGUGGCCAAGCUGGCCGAGAAUACACUGCCCACCAAUCCUACAGGAAAGCCGGAUGAGCAGAAGAACAAAAAGUCAGCAGCCCCCAAGAGGAAGGGUUCCCGUGAGAACCACCUAGACCCCGACCCCCCUUCAGCCCAGGCCCAGGAGCAGAGGGCGGAGGUGGGCCAAAAAGAGGAGGAGGAGCGGCUCCUUAAGAAUGAACCAAAGAGACCCCAGCACACCCACCACCAUCACCAUCACCACCACCGCCGGAUGGAGAACCACAGUAACACCCAGCACAGCCAGACACCCGGUGGCAUGGAAGUACAGUCGAGCAGGGAUUACAGCCAGAGGCCUCCCCGCAGGCCCCUGCCCGAGGAGAGGGAGGAGGAGGCGGAGGAUCUGGUGGAGGAGGACAAGGAGGAGGCUCGCUACAACCACCGGGGCAACAACCACCACCAUCAUAACAGCAACCACCAGCAUCACCACCACCACCAUCAGCAUCACCGUGGCAACAGUCAGCCACACGUCGAAGAGGACUAUGAGCAGGAGCACAAUGAACGCAAUCGGCAGCACAGGCAUCACCAGCACAUUCCACCGCGGACACACCACGCGGAGCACUAUCCCGUACACAAUCAACACAACUACCAUCAUCACCACGGCAGAGACAGAGAAAGAGAGAGAGACAGAGACAGAGAGAAAGACAGAGAUAGAGAUAGAGACAAAGAGAGAGAUAGAGAAAGGCACAAGGACAGGGAAAGAGACAGAGAUAGGGAUCGAGGUAGAGACAGAGACAGAGACGCAAGACAAUGGCACAAAGAUUCUUACACACACUCAUGACUGUUUGUCUCGACUGCUAAUCGGUGCAUGGUUUUAUGCUGCUCAAGUUAUAAUGCACUAAUGGACAGGGCAGAAUGUGUCAUCUUUGUAGAAAACGUUUUUCCUGAUGUUGUUUGCCACACACACACACACACACACGCACACUUUGUCCCUUUUUCAUUUUCUUUGCUAAUACGAAUUUUAGCACUUGUAGGGUACAGUUUGGUCUGAAUUGUUUUCAUCGAAUCCAUUUGUCUGUGUGUGUAUUUUUGCACAAACAUUAUUCAAAAUUAAGCUGCAUCUGUUAGCUCAUGAAGUAUUCUGGUUUAAAAAAGGGCUGCAUUUAACAAUUAUUUCCACUAUCAAUGAAUCCUGAAUUUUACCGACUAUUGCAGAUUACAAGUUGAUUUUCUUGUUGGUUAUAGUAGUAGUAGUUAUAUUGGAGAUUUUGAUUUAGUAAAAUAAAAUAAUACUAUAAUAAUAAAAAUAAUUGCCUCACAUAGAUUUUUUUCGAGCACAAAUGCAGAACAUUAUAACAUUUUGUAACUUUGUUUUAGGACUGUUGGUCACACAAAUCAUGCAAUGUGUACCGUUUCCGAAUUUUUGACAUUUUCUAUCAUUUAUGUUAUUAUCAUUAGUUGCAGCCCAGAAUAGGUCAUCAAAUAAUUAAAUCAUAAUCUUGAGAUACCAUGAUAAAGUUAAAUCAUUCAGUCUGUUCUUGGCUUUCGUACGUUGAUUUUAUGAUUUUUCUCUCUAGAAAGUCACAUAUGUGGGAUCAACUUACAUGUGUAUUUAUUACCAGAUGCAUAUCUUCAGAAGUGAAUUGUUUAUGUUAAACAUUGGUACUGAAAGUCCAACUAUUUUUCUACUUGAUUCCAAAGGGAAGUCAUUCUUUGCUUCCUACUUUUUAAAACUGGUGUUCAAUCAUAUUUAUUGACUUGCAUUUGCUGUGUCUGGAAGCAUGAAUAGUCUUUUGGUGACACUGACCUGUGUUAUAUGCUGGAUCCUCUAUGCAUCUAAUUGUGAUAAAAUAUAGUGCUUGAAUACAAUCUCUAUGCAUUUGUACAUACUUCAUUAUUGCCUUGUUAGGUAAAUAUAGGGAGAAGCAGAGAGCUGGCUGCACUGUCUGGUCUCGACUUGACCUAAUGUGUAUGAUUGCUUCGAGUCGACGAGUUCAUUUCAGUACAAUCGUUUUGUUUUGUUUGUUUGUGUGUUUUGUACAGCAUUCAGAACUUGAUUUUGACAAAUAUGCAUUCUGUUGGUGAAAAUCAUUAAAAAUGUGUAAACAAA